ACAAUGAAAAUAGGAAUUAUAAAAAAACUUCAUAUGAGACAGAUAGUUAAAGUUGGACACGAAAAUUCAGAGUUUGUUUUUUUUGGACGGAGGGAGUAGAGGCUGAGGCAAUCUGCAUGCCUACCACCUGCCGCUCUGCCUCCCCUCCCCUCCCCUGCCGUGGGCACCACGCGCUGCCCGUGCCGCUGCAUCCUGCAGCUACCUUCUGUGGCAGCCGCGAUCAGCUACACGUAGAGUAGUCAUCAUGCAGUAGCUCGCCUGCAAUCGCCUCCCCCUACUCUCCUCAGCCUUUACCUUCCUUCAACUUCGCCGUCCUUGCCGACAGCUUGCCGGCGCCGGCCUGGCCUUUAAACCACCACGAGAAACAAACAAAGAACGUGUCCAUUUUGCCAUGAGAAUGAUUCUUGGUCGCCUCCUCGUUGUGGCCGUUCUCGCCGCGGCGGCGGCGGCGGCGGAGAGCGAGCCGCGUCUGCCGGCGGCGGAGCAGGAGGGCGUGUACGCGGUGCUCGAGGCAGUCAACCCGGGCUUCCCCUGGCGCGCCAGCUUCCCCGACGACCUCUGCCUCGCCGGCCCGCACGGCGUGUCGUGCGACGACGACGACGGCGGGAACGCGUCCCACGUCGUCGGCAUCUCGCUCGGCUACGUCUCCGACUUCUCCGCCAAUCCGAGCUGCGCGGCGCCCUCCGCCGCCACGCUCCUCACCUCCGGCCUCCUCGCCGCCUCCUUCCCGCGCCUCCGCAGCCUCUUCGUCUACGGCUGCUUCGUCGGCGACGACGACGCGCGGCCUCUCCCGCCGCUCCCGUGGCGGCUCCCUCCCACGCUCCAGGACCUCGUGCUCGUCAACAACCCCGCGCUCACCGGCCGCCUCGCCAUCUCCGCCGCCAGCCUCCCGCUCCUCCGCCGCCUCGUCGUAGCCUCCUCCGGCCUGUCCGGCGACCUCCCGUCCACGCCCUUCCCGCGCCUCGAGCAGCUCGUCCUCUCCGGCAGCCGCUUCGCCGGCCGCAUCCCGAGCGCGCUCGUCCAGGGACUCGCCAACGUCAAGAUCCUCGACCUGAGCUCCAACCUCCUCGCCGGCGGCAUCCCCCGCGCAAUCGGCGGCCUCACGCAGCUCGUCAAGCUCGACCUCUCCUCCAACACGCUGGCCGGCCCGAUCCCGGGAGAGCUCGGCGGGCUCGCGUCGCUCGAGCUGCUCGACCUCUCCAACAACCGGCUCACCGGCGGCGUGCCGGCCGCGCUCCGCGGCAUGACGGCGAUCAGGGAGAUGUACCUCAGCGGCAACCGUCGCCUCGGCGGGCGCGUGCCGGCCGACAUGUUCGCCGGCCUGAAGGGCAUCUCCGCCGUGGGCCUCUCCGACGCCGGCCUCACGGGCACGAUCCCGGCGUCGCUGGGGGAGUCGCUGCGCAACGUCACCUACCUGGGGCUGGACGGCAACCUGCUGGAGGGCGAGGUGCCGCCGGCGCUGGCGAAGAUGGCGGGCAGGGUCCGGCUUCACGGCAACCGCGCCGUGUGCAUCUCGCCGGAGUUCCUCGCCGGAGCGCCUCGCCCUCGCAUCGCAGGUGUUCCGUCGUGCAACGCCACCCAGGCUGCUCCCGUGACGCGGCGCCCUGUGGUUAUGCCGGUUCCCUUGGCAUCAGCGGAGAAGCCGGCGGCGGCGGCGCCGCCGCCGCCGAUGAGGAUCGGUUCCUGUGUCGUAGUGGCAAUGCUCUUGCUUAUGCUCAGUUAGUUGCUCCUGAAUGAUUAGUCAGGCUGUUUAGUUUAGCAUUAGCAGGUAGAUUUUGUUGAGUUAAAAAAAUGUAAAGUAGUUAUGGUAUUGGUUGUGCUACUAACAAGAAACAAGUGACGAGAAAACUUAUACUGUGCGUGAGACUAAAUAUUGGGGCGAGGGGAUUAGUUAUCGUUUA